AUGCACUCCGAAACGGAUGAAGCGAGUAAUGAGAAAACUAUUGCAGUUAGCGCAGGCGGAGAAGGAAAAGACAAUGUUCGUUCUAUGGGAAAUCAAAAAGAAGGAUGUGCACCUGCAUCAUGGGACUUAGAUACUACUUUAAUAUAUUGUGAUAUAUGUAUAAGAGAAAUAGAACUUGGGAAUAGACCAACUACGCAUUUUACUAAAGAAGGUUGGAAAAAUCUACUUAAAAAUUUCAACGAACGCACUGGACGAACUUAUGACCGAAACCAACUUAAAAAUAAGUGGGACCAAUUAAAGAAAGACUGGAAGCUAUGGAAAGAUUUGUUGCGAGGUGAGACUGGAAUUGGUUGUAAUCCAAUUAAAAAAACUGUAAUGCCAAAUGCUAAGAAGUUUCGUUUCAAUAGAAUACCACCAGAGUUGGAAGAGAAGUUGGAUCUUAUGUUCCAUUGUAUUGUUGCAACUUGGGAGAAUAUUUGGAUUCCUAGUUCUGGUGUACUUCCCCCAGAACUAAAUGACAAUCACGCAAUCUCAUAUGAAGAAGAAGAGUAUACUCAAGAUGAACAAAAACAUCUUUCACAUGUUUCUAUAAAUGAGCCUACAAGCAACUACGAUACACAAAGAUCACAACAGAGUGCCACAUUAUUGCGUAAAAGGAAAAGAUUUAGAACUCCUAAGUCGGGUAUUAGAAAACUUUUUCUAAAUCAUGUUGAGGACCUCGUGGAUGCUGAAAAAUCUAUAAGUUCUGCCAUAAUAUUUGAUGAUUUUGAGUUAUAUGGCUUUGCCUUAGAAUACUUUAAAGAUAAGGAUAACCGGGAGAUAUUCAUGGGAAUACCCAUGGAAAGAAGAUUAUGGUGGCUUCGAAGGAGUUUUGAUAAAAGUUUCUUUUAACUGCCCAUUGAAGAAGAAGGAAUA